AUGCUCGCGUACAAUGGUCAUGGUUUGCCAGCCCAUACUCUUCCCACUCGUAAACUGGCCUGUCUCGACCAUAUCUUUCUAAAAACUACCUUUCCAGCCCUAUGUCUUGUGAUCCAAUCCUCAGUUAAGGACCACGCCGCUAUCUUACUUGCCGUCUCUAUGAAGAAUAUAUCACAUUCAUCUUCCAAAGUCUCAAAAAAGUUUGACAUCCCCAACCUUAUGGACAACUUAAAAAAACAUAGGGAUCUUGCUCGCGGGAGAUUGAGGAGUCUAGAAGGAAAAGUCCAGGCGAAGAGGCUGUGGGAUGAAUUGUGCAAUACGCUCAAUUCCAUGGGCGGUUGCACAAAGACAGUUCAGCAGUGGCAAAAGGUAUGGAUUGAUAGAAAACAUCUGGCCAAAAAAGCUGCUGCUGAUUCCCGGAGGUCGGCUUCAAUGACUGGAGGUGGUCCAUCGGUGGCACCCCAACUCUCCUAUUCGGAAUUAAAAGUCUUAUCCAUAAUGGGAGAUGUGUUCGGUGACCGCCAAAUUGGAGCCAGAGUGCCAGCUUUCACCGAACCUCACAAUCUGCACGUCCCAGAAGAAUACAAUCUGCUGCUGGCUCCGAUGUCAGAAGCAGAUUGUACCAGUAUGAAGAUGGACGUGCAAAGAGAGAGACAGUGA